AUGGGCUGCGUUCACUGCCAUAAGCAUACCUCCUCCGAGUACCAUCAACGCUCCAGAGCUCGAGGGGACUGUCGCCCGUCAAAGCUACCCCUACCCCUAAUCCACAAUACAACUACACUGAACACAAAGCCUACAUCCGCAUCAGUAUGGAGCCUAGGCCUCUGGUCUCAAAAAGAUAGCUCAAUUGCGGCGAUGGUGCAAAGCCUAGGUGUAUUUGAGUUCAAUACGCCAGUGGGUAGGGUUGUGACGAAAAGAGUGAUGAAGUUGGAUAGUGUGACGGGGACGGCGAUAAGCGGGGUAGAGAUCUCGGAGGAGUACGCUUCGACGCGGGCUUAG